UUAUAUCAUCAAAUCAAAUCAAAUCCACGAUGACAUGCACAUGAUUCAGUAGCAUAUCAUAACAUAACAUCUCCUUCCAACACAUGCAUUCAAAUCACACGUCAACAUAUUCAAACAAACCUCACACACUUCACCCAUAGAGAGAUAUGGCGAAAACAAAAACAAACCUCUCCCUCUCAAUCUUCUUCGCCGUUCUUUCACUCUCCAAUUUCCCUUUUUCUCUCUCUUCCUCCACGGAUUUCUUUCUCUACGGCGGGUGCACGCAGCUACGCUACACCCCCAACUCGCCCUACGAGUCCAACCUCAACUCGCUCCUCACCUCGCUCGUCAACUCAGCCACCUACGCCUCCUACAACAACUUCACCGUCGUGGGUUCCAGCCCAAACGACGUUGUUUACGGUCUCUACCAGUGCCGCGGCGACCUCGCCAUGCCAGACUGCGCAACCUGCGUCGCACGCGCUAUCUCACGCGCCGGCGAACUCUGCCCGGCGACGUGCGGCGGCGCGGUGCAACUCGACGGUUGUUUCGUGAAGUAUGACAAUGCAACGUUUUUGGGAGUUGAAGACAAAACGGUUGUGCUGAGGAAGUGUGGUCCCUCCGUUGGGUACCAAUCGGGUGCGAUGGGAGUGAGGGAUUCGGUUCUUAACGGGUUGGCGGGUUCGGGCGGUAAUUUUCGGGUUGGCGGGUCGGGUGAGUUGAAGGGUGUGGCGCAGUGUACUGGGGAUUUGAGUUUUGCGGAGUGUCAAGAUUGCGUUGCGGAGGCGAUCAAACGGCUGAGAAGCGAUUGUGUUGGUGGCAAUUUUGGUGAUAUGUUCUUGGCCAAGUGUUAUGCCAGGUACUCUACCACUGGGGCCCAUGUUUACACCACGGCCCAUGGAGCCAAAUCGAGCAACGAUGGUGAAAAGACAUUUGCCAUAAUUAUUGGAUUAUUAGCAGGUGUAGCAAUACUUAUUAUUUUCCUUGCUUUCUUGAGAAGGAUUUGUGAGGGACAAGGUAAAUAAAUUAAUUUAAGUUUAUUAAACUCAGUGGCAUGGCACUGAUCAAUUCUCAGUCUCCUCCAUUGGUUUGCUUUUGGGACCUCUCUUUUGCUGUCCUUUUUAUCUUCACAACGUCUUUUCUUUUUUUGCUCUUUCUCUUUAUCUUCUUGCCCUUUAUUACAAACUUCAAUUCAAAAAGAGGACUUUGAUGAGGAUAUCAGAUGGGAAAAAAAUGCUCGAUGGGACACUCAUUUGAAUACAAAAUCCAAAAGCGAAAGAAGAACAAAAGAGAGCUAAAAGAUUCUGUUUUCCUCAAUCCUUCCCACUUGACAAAGUUGUGUUGUCUCAUCCCCUUG